GACGCUGGUGCGUUCACAGGCUCAGGAAAGAGUGGGAAAAAACAACAUUAAUAAAUCACAUCAUUAAAUUAGAAAUGUGAAGCCAGCAGGGGUCAGAACAUCCAAACACAUCCAAUCAAACCUGAGCAUCUAUCUACAAGGAAGUGUGGUGACAUCACCUGAAGGAGAAAAACUCUGUUGUACAUUUGUUUGUCUUGUUGUUCGGAGCUGAGCUGUUUUUGAAGUGAAGGGAUAUAAAACGAGCACAGACAAACAACAGCUUACGUUCUUAGACGACUUCAAUGUGAACCUCAGAAAACCUGGUGGGGUAAUGAACUGAACCACAUCCUCUUACAUGUGCUGGAGUCAUCGGGUCAAACUCAGACCGCCCGGCUCCACUGCUCGUCCACUGGUUCAUGUUAUUUGAUUAUUUGAAGGUUUAUUAUGAAUUUGCAGCAGAACAGCUUGUGGACAUCACGUGUUAACGUCCAGUCUGUGAGAAGAGGCCUGACUCGGACCCGAGGCCACUGAACAGGGUUUCUAGGCUCCUGCAGAAGUACCAGCUUCGCCCUGACACGUCUGUCCGUCAGGUUUCAUUCCAAAGUGAUUUACAGACACUGAAGUUAUUUGAAACAAAACCUAUUUAAGAAACAAAACGGAAUUUUCAGCUAAUUUCUACAGACUGUUGUUCUUAUUGUUUAGUUUAACUUUAUUUCAGACUCACUGGUUCAUAUCAGUAUAAAAGUUAAACAUAAGCAGAACAGUAAUAUAGAAAUAUGAUUAUCACACUGUACAAAUCCACAGGGAUUAAACACAUUCACACAUUUGCUCCAGAUGAUGACUCGUCUCAGUAGAGGACCAACAAAUACAUUCAUACAUGAAGUUAUCUGCAAUCGUUCAUGCACACGACAAACAGAAACAGUUUCUCUCCUCAGUGUCUGGAGCUGAUGAACUUGAUUGUUUCAUAAAGAAUCUGAUAAUUGGGAUUUUAAACUUUUAUCUUAAUGCAGCUCAUCAACUCAUUUGAGGCAGAAAUAAACUCACGGUUCUAAAAUAUAGUAAAAUCCUCAAAAUGUUUCGACACAAAUCCACUGUUCUGAGAUCGGUGGAUCGAAACGCUCCCUCCACUGUAGCGACAGUAACCAGGGGACAGUGUUUGUAAAGGGCAAUGUGACCUGAUUUGAGGAGUAUUCUCCUCUAAUUAUAUUCCACAUCACCAGGGAAUAUGUUUCCAUACAGUGAGGUCACUUAUUACAGUUCUACUUUUUUCAGCUAAUUGUGGUGUGUCACUCACUCUGUGGAAUUACCUUAAACUAUAACACUUCCCCAGGGAGAUGAUGUGUAUCACUUUCACUGGUUUCAAUGAGUCUCCACAUGUACAAACUCCAUGAACGCAAUUACAAAAUAAAAAAGACUAAAAAGGAAAGAACGAUAAGGAGAAUAAACCAAGAGAUUAAAGUGAGAUCGAGUUUUAGAUUUUUAUUCCACACGCAAAUAUGAUGAUUUUCAUAAAAACUCUCCACAAAGUUUCUCAUGCAUCUGGAUUUUACCUGAAACUGUGUCAACGGGCUAACAGUCUCAUUAUGGGACGACCAUUUUCUAAUUUGUCCUCUCAGUCUCCCCCCUCCCUCUCUGUCUCUCCUCUGGAUGUCUCCCCUCCCUUCUCUUCCAUUUACAGUAUAGGAGCAGGAGAUCACUCUGUCCUGACACUCUGAGUUCUCCACCUCCCGCUCUGUCCUCCUGAAUCCAACAGGAAGCCUGCGACCCGGCUCUGCUCGGCUGCUUCUCGACCACCACCGUGUUUCCUGAAGAGCAAAGACCAACCCGAAGAGGAUGCAGCGAUUCAGGGAAGGAGUUCACAUCCGCACCAUGAAGGCCAAGAGGAAAGUGGAGGAGAUCUCUAAAGAGGACAUCCAGGCUUUCCUGAAGAAGAACGCCUUCGUGCUCUUCACAGUGGGGGCAGUGGUUGUGGGUAUCGCUCUGGGAUUUGCGCUGCGUCCCUACAAGAUGACCUAUCGAGAAGUGAAGUACUUCUCCUUCCCUGGAGAGCUGCUGAUGAGGAUGCUUCAGAUGCUGGUUCUGCCCUUACUGGUUUCCAGUCUAAUAACAGGAAUGGCAGCUUUAGACAGCAAAGCCUCAGGAAAGAUGGGCAUGAGAGCCGUGAUCUACUACAUGACCACGACCUUCAUCGCAGUCUUCGUCGGCAUCCUAAUCGUCCUCAUCAUCCAUCCAGGAAAAGGAUCCAAAGAGGAGUUUGGAAAGCAACAGAAGAUCGAGCAAGUCAGUCCGGCUGAUGCCUUCUUAGACCUGAUCAGGAACAUGUUUCCACCCAACUUGGUCCAAGCCUGCACUCAGCAGUUCAAAACCAAAUAUGGAAAGCGAGUUGUCCGUGUGACCGUGACGGUGAACGAAACCCUCUUCAACUCAACCAAUGGCACCCAGGAGGUCAUGGAGAUGACCCGGGAGGAGCUGAUCCCGGUGCCGGGUCAGGUGAACGGGGUCAAUGCCCUCGGGCUGGUGGUCUUCUCCAUGUGCUUUGGGCUGAUAAUUGGCAACAUGAAGGAGCAGGGCCAGGUCCUGAGGGAUUUCUUCGACAGCCUCAAUGAGGCGAUCAUGCGCCUGGUGGCCAUCAUCAUGUGGUAUUGCCCGAUCGGUAUCCUGUUCCUCAUCGCAGGAAAGAUCGUGGAGAUGGAUGACCUGACCCAGAUGGGAGGCCAGCUGGGCAUGUACACCAUCACAGUCAUCAUCGGCUUACUGAUCCACGGCGUUCUGAUCCUUCCCACUCUUUAUUUUGUCAUCACUCGGCAGAACCCCUUCGUCUUCAUUGCCGGGCUGCUGCAGGCGCUGGUGACGGCCCUGGGGACGUCGUCCAGCUCAGCCACUCUACCCGUCACCUUUAAAUGCCUGGAGGAGAACAACAAGAUCGACAAGCGAAUCACACGCUUCGUGCUGCCAGUGGGCGCCACCAUCAACAUGGACGGAACCGCUCUGUAUGAAGCUCUGGCGGCCAUCUUUAUUGCUCAGGUUAACAAUAUUGAGAUGAACUUUGGUCAGAUCCUCACAAUAAGUAUUACAGCGACAGCCGCCAGUAUCGGAGCUGCUGGGAUCCCUCAGGCCGGCCUGGUCACCAUGGUGAUCGUGCUAACCUCUGUUGGACUCCCGACUGAUGACAUCACUCUCAUCAUUGCAGUCGAUUGGUUUCUGGAUCGUCUGCGCACCACCACCAACGUUUUAGGGGAUUCGAUUGGCGCCGGCAUCGUCGAGUUCUUGUCCCGACACGAGCUCCGCAGCAAAGACGUGGAGAUGGGAAACUCGGUGCUGGAGGAGAAGGAGAGGAAGAAACCGUACAAGCUCAUCUCCCAGGAUAGUGAUUUAGAAAAUGAUAAACGAGCUCACAGCGAAUCCCACAUGUAGUUCAGCAUCUGUUACAUCUGUCCACACGUCCUGCAGCUGGUUCACUUCAUUCAUGCUCAGCGUUAAAUAUGGAAACUUACAGAACCUUCUGCCCGUACUCUGCCUUCAUCUCAUCCGUGUUUGUUUCAUCAUCUUGUGAACGUUUACGGAAACGGACGAAACAAAGGAAACAGAGCAGUUCCAUUAGAAGUCGAGAGGGGGCAGCGUAGCAACAGUGCAGACGACCAGAGCACACGAGGAAGACAUUUCAACAAAGGUGGAACUUUAUGAUGUGAGAGUUUGUGAGUUGGUGAGAAACUGAGGGAUCGAUAUGAUGUAACUGUACGAACCCUCUGUGCUGAACAACACGAUGACGCUGACACGUGUGGGCAGUGACAUCGUUUGAAACAGUUCUCUUGUUGUUUGUGUUGUUAACGUUACUUUUGUGUCAUGAAGUAAAUGUCUUACAUUCCUCCAUCAUCCUUUGAGUUAUGCUUCUGUCAUGUGUUUCAAAUAGGAGCCGUAGUUUCUAUUUCUCAUGUUUACAACUCGAAUAAAUGUUUAAAAUCUCACUUUGUAUGACCCUGAUGUGUAAGUGGAGGUGAAGGUUAGUGGCUGCUCACAAAGUGAUUCACUUUUGAAGAAAUUAUAAAUUCAAAAAACUUUUGUCAUUCUUUCACCAAGAGAUUCAUAAAUUGAUUUAAAAUCAGACUUUUUAUUUUGUUGAAUAAUAAUAUUGUGGUUAUUAGUUUAUUAGACAUUUUAAUGUCUCAGCGUUAGAGACUCUUUCAUUGAUCUAGAAAUACAAACGUAUGUGAGCCUUUCAAUUUUGCCAGAGACCUGCUGAACUUUUUACCAACACAGUUCUUUGACUCUAGAUUUGACUGAUAUGAUGUUUAAUACUUGUUAAAGUCUCAUUUCAUUAUGGAGACACAUGAGAUUCGCAACUUUUGUGACAACAGUUGUUUUAGUAUUUUGUUAAUUACAACUUGAGUGAAAUAAAGAGUGAAUGAAA